AUGUCUACUACCCCAGAACAGGAUGUUUCGGUCGAAUACCGCGGGCGGAUCGCCAUCAUCACCUUGGACCGACAGCACAAGCUCAAUGCUCUCGAUGCCGACCGAUAUUUCCAGCUCGCCAAGUUGAUGCAUGAGGUUGCCAGCCACGAUGAGGUCUUCAUCACCAUCGUCACCGGCAAGGGACGAUACUUCAGCGCCGGUGCUGAUGUCGGCAUCUCGCGUGACAAUGACCCCAACGAGGACCCCCGACGCGCCUCGCUGAAGUCCUUCGUCUCCAACAACCUCCACAUCACCCACGCCUUCUACUCCCACCCGAAGAUCCUGGUCUUCGCCCUCAACGGCCCUGCGGUCGGCCUGUCCGCCGCCAUCGUCGCGCACGCCGACUUCGUCUACGCUGCGCCUCACGCCUUCCUCCUCACCCCGUUUAGCAGCUUGGGCCUGGUCGCCGAAGGCAACGCCAGUCUCGCGUUCGUGCAACGCCUCGGGAUCAGCAAGGCCAAUGAGGCGCUCAUCAUGAGCAAGCGCCUCACCAUCGACGAGCUGGUGCAUGUCGGCUUUGUGAACAAGGUGUUCGACACCAACAAGGACUCGGACAAAUUCUUGGCGAAGGUCAUCGAGGAGGUCAACGACCGCAUGGGGACCCAUCUGGUCCCCGACAGCAUGACGAAGACGAAGGCGCUGAUCCGGAGGCCGUAUAACGACCUGCACGAUGCGCAGGGCGUCCAUGAAGUGUUUGGUGGUCUGCAGCGCUUCUUGAGCGGGGUUCCCCAAGAGGAGUUCCGGAAGAUCGCCUCGGGGGAGAAGAAGCAUAAGUUGUGA